CAAAGUUCUCAGUGUGAUCAGAGCUGCAGAUGUGUCUGUGGAACCGUCAAACAAACCUUAAACCCACUUCAUCAGAUCUGUUUCCAUUCUCAGCAGAGUCUCAGACAAACAGCGAUAUGGCUGCUGCCGGUCAUGUCCGAUCUGAAGAUCUGUUCCUGUGUUCCAUCUGUGAGAAUGUCUUCACUGAUCCAGUCACAACAUCAUGUGGACACAACUUCUGCAAAUCCUGCAUCUCUGAACACUGGAGGGUUAAUGUCCCAUAUCAGUGUCCCAUGUGUAAAGAGGAUUUUGACACAAAACCUCAGCUGAAGAUCAACACUCUAUUCUCAGAGAUGGUGGCUCAGUUCAGACCUAAAGAACAGAAGGCAGAGCUGAAGAAGACAGAGGGUGAAAUUGAGCAGAUGAUCCUGGAGAGACAAAUGAAGAUCCUGGAGAUCCAAUGGUCAGUGGAGGUCAGUAAGAAUGCUGCAGACAGAGAGGCAGCAGAAGGUGUGAAGGUCUACACUGCUCUGAUGGAGACUGUUCAGAGAAGUCUGAACCAGCUCAUUGAGGAGAUCCAAGAAAAGCAGAGGACCACCAAGGAAAAGGCUGAAGACUUCAUCAAAAAGCUCGAACAGGAAAUCUAUGAGCUGGAGAAGAGAAGCACUGAGGUGGAGUAGAUCUCAGGCUCUGAAGACCACCUCCGCUUUGUCCAGAGGGUCACAUGUGGAAAAGCUGCUCCAUCCAUGAAGACCUGGACAAAGGUCAGCAUCUGUCCACCAUCAUAUGAGGGGACUGUGGUGAGAGCUUUGUCUCAGCUGGAGGACAAACUCACAGAAGACAUGAAGAAGGUGUUUGAAGCUGAGCUGAAGAGAGUCCAACAGUAUGAGGUGGAUCUGAUUCUGGUUCCAGAUACAGCUUAUCCUAGACUCAUCCUGUCUGAUGAUGGAAAACAGGUUCAUGAUGGUGAUGAAAAGAAGAACCUUCCAGACAAACCACAGAGAUUCACUUUUUGGCCUUGUAUCUUAGCGAAGCAGAGUUUCUCUUCAGGCAGGUUUUACUUCAAAGUUCAGGUUAAAGGAAAAACUGACUGGUAUUUAGGAGUGGCCAGAGAGUCCAUCGACAGGAAACUGAUCAUAAUGAGUCCUCAGGACGGAUACUGGACCAUCUGGUUGAGGAAUGGAAACAAGUACUUUGCUUGUGCUGAUCCUUCUGUCCGUCUGUCUGUGAAGUCUGGUCUUCAGAAGGUGGGGGUGUUUGUGGAUUAUGAGGAGGGUCUGGUCUCCUUUUAUGACGUAGGUUCUUCAGUUCCCAUCUACUCCUUCAUUGGCUGCUGCUUCAAUGAUAAACUCCUCCCAUUCUUCUGUCCAUAUUUUAAUGAUGGAGGUAAAAAUUCUGCUCCUCUGAUCAUCACUCCUGUCGACACUGAGUAAGAAAUUCAUCAAAUGGACAGAUUUUCUCUGAUUUACUGAAGUCACUAAACUUAGCGACAAUGUAAACUGUUUGAACGUGUAUUAAUCUGUAUCCAAAUGCACCGAAAUACUAGCAUUUGUGGUGAUAAUUAUCCUGGUUUGACAGAUUCUGAUGCACUGUGAUUAAAUACGAUAAUGAUGGUGUUUUAAUGUUAACUUUAAUUACAUAUGUUGUGAUUGUGAAUGUGUUUCCAUUAUGUGAUUGAUUUUAUACAUUCAAAUGAUAGAAGUGUUCAGGAGGAUUCAAUAUUCAAUAAUAACAAUGACAGUAAAGAUUAUCUUCAUCAACUGUAAUAAAUACAGUCAUAUA